AUGAAGGCGUGGGAGGCCACUGUACGUAUAACACACGCUGCAGCCAAGAAACGGGCCACAACGAUUUUUGGGGGGUCGAAUUUAAUAGGAAAUGCUGAGGAAGAAAAUGAAGAUCAAGAAGAAGUGCAUGCAAGCGGAGAAGUGUAUCAUGCAGAGAGAUUUCUUCCCAAUGGUGAUUACUACACGGGCUAUUGGGCUGAUAAUUUUCCACAUGGACAUGGAAAAUAUUGGUGGACAGAUGGAUGUAUGUAUGUAGGACAAUGGUUUAGAGGCAAAACUAUGGGAAAAGGUACGUUUAGUUGGCCUUCUGGGGCGUCAUAUGAAGGCAAUUUCAAGAGUGGAUUCAUGGAUGGAGAAGGUACGUAUACGGGGCCUAGUGGAGAUACAUAUAGAGGUUCUUGGGUGAUGAAUUUAAAGCAUGGACAUGGUGUUAAGGAAUAUGCUAAUGGUGAUAGUUAUGAUGGCGAAUGGAGUCGCGGGUUGCAGGAAGGGCAGGGGAUGUAUCAAUGGAAGAAUGGGAAUUUUUACAUGGGGGAAUGGAAAAAUGGAACGAUUUGUGGGAAAGGGAAAAUGUGUUGGACUAAUGGGAAUAUUUUUGAUGGGAAUUGGGAAGAUGGAUUUCCCAAAGGGAAUGGAACAUAUAAAUGGGCAGAUGGGAGUUUCUAUGUGGGAAAUUGGAGCAAGGAUCCUACUGAACAGAAUGGAACUUAUUACCCCUCUGGAUCCUUACUAGAAGAAAAUCUUGAAUGGAAUCCUCAGGAGGUUUUCAACAAUGACUUGAAGGAUUGCAUAAUUUGUCCAAAUGAGAAAGUUCCGAUAUGGCCCUCACAAAAGAAGCUUGCAGUUUGGAGGUCAUCCAAGGGCUCGGAUUCAAGCGUAAGGCCAAGAAGAAUGUCAGUUGAUGGUAGAAUAGAUGCAGGGGUAGAUAGGGAAUUUGGUAGAAUGCGUUUAUCAGAUGGUGCUGUGCCCUCUCCUACUAGUGCCGGAGCCAUAGAAAGGAUGAGGAUGGCAGGAAAUGAAGGUGACGAUGCGUUGGCAGGUUUACAACCUGACAGAUUAAGUACUCGAGGCAGCCCUCUUAGGAUACCUAAAGUGGUGAAAAGACAAGGGGAUACAAUAUGUAAAGGGCAUAGGAAUUAUGAUCUUAUGCUGAAUUUGCAGCUGGGGAUUAGGCAUUCAGUUGGAAGACCUGGUCCAUGUCCAUCACUUGAUCUGAAGCCUUCAGCUUUCGACCCCAAGGAAAAGUAUUGGACAAAAUUUCCCUCCGAGGGAUCCAAACAUACUCCCCCUCACCAAUCCUGUGAAUUCAGAUGGAAAGAUUAUUGCCCCAAAGUAUUCAGGUCUUUAAGAAUGUUGUUCAAGGUGGAUCCAGCAGAUUACAUGUUGUCCAUAUGUGGGAAUGAUGCACUACGAGAACUUUCCUCACCAGGAAAAAGUGGAAGCUUCUUUUACUUAACCAACGAUGACCGUUAUAUGAUAAAGACGAUGAAGAAGGCAGAAGUAAAAGUGCUUUUAAGGAUGUUAAACGCUUAUUAUAAUCACGUUCGUGCUUUUGAGAACACUCUAGUGACAAGAUACUAUGGCCUGCAUUGUGUCAAGCUGAACGGACCUGCUCAAAAGAAGGUUCGUUUCAUCAUCAUGGGAAACCUCUUCUGUUCCGAUUAUAUGAUCCACAGACGAUAUGACUUGAAAGGAUCCACUUUUGGCCGAUUGACUGAUAAGCCUGAAUCAGAGAUUGAUGCAACUACAACUCUGAAGGAUCUUGAUCUCAACUUCCUUUUCCGACUUCAAAAGACAUGGUUUCAAGAAUUUCGAAGGCAAGUUGAUAGGGACUGUGAUUUCCUCGAACAGGAGAGGAUUAUGGAUUACAGUAUGCUGGUUGGUCUUCACUUCAGAGAAUCAACAAAUGAUGAACAUACUGCAUCUGGGGCUCUAACACCAGUUGAUAAUGGUAGCUUGGAAACUGAUUCAGUUCCGCGCCUCUCCCAAGCAGAUGUGGAUCAGUUGCUUUUAGAUCCUGCAGGAUGGGCUAGUAUAAGUUUGGGAAUCAACAUGCCUGGAAGAGUAGAAAGAGUUGAAAGAACGAAUGACUGCGAACUAGUAGGAGAACCAACUGGAGAGUACUAUGACGUCGUGAUGUUUUUCGGCAUAAUAGACAUUCUUCAAGACUAUGAUAUUACAAAGAAACUCGAGCAUGCAUACAAGUCCAUUCAAUAUGAUCCGAACUCCAUAUCAGCCGUCGAUCCGAAACAAUACUCGAGGCGUUUUCGAGAUUAUGUAUUCAAAGUUUUUGCAGAAGAUACAUGA